CAACCUCAUGACGCUUACCUGCUUCGAUGACUUCAUGGAUCCUGCAUAACUUGCGAAACUAAGCGCUACGCACUCUCACACACGGCGAAUGGACCCCAAUAUCAUGGAUGCGUGCAUAUUACUGGCAGGCAGGAGGAACGUGUGAAGAGAGCGCGCCUAUUGUACACAGGUGACUAACGUCCUCAUGUAACUGGGCUUGUCUGGACCAACGGAGGCUUCGAAACUGACCGCAGCGGUCUUCUCUACACCCCGAACUCGUCUGUCGAUGAUGGGCGCCUAGAUAUGCUGUUGUUGGACCGUUAUUAUUGUAUGCGGUAGGCAAACCAAGAUUGUCCACGUCUCUUGUAUAUAAUGGACCUGCAAUGGGCUACGUUUUCUCCAUCUAAGGCGACCUGUUACGAGAAUGAAGGACCCAAUUCUUGUUACUGGUGGUUUUGGUUUUAUUGGCUCUGCUGUUGCUCGUCGACUUCUCCGGGAAGGUCACGUCGUUCAUGUUGUGGAUAUUCAUGGUCCACUACCUGAUCAUACGAGUAUCUGCUCUGACUAUUACAUUGGAGAUUUGCGAGACCCAGGGGUAUGCACCCAAGUCGUCCGCGGCUGCAAGACAGUCCUUCACUUUGCGGCCAACAUGGGAGGUAUGGGCGCGAUCCAUGACGCCAACGAUUUUGUCAUCUACAAGGACAAUCAUCUCAUGACCCUCCAUCUUCUUUCCGCCUGUAUUGACUCUGCAGUCGAAUGCUUCUUCUAUGCAUCUUCCGCUUGUGUAUAUGCGUCCACCGCCCCUUUAAAUGGCGAUAUCUCGCUUCGCGAAGGAGACGUAUGGUCGAAAGGAUCGCACCCUGACCCUCAAGGUCUCUACGGGCUCGACAAGCUCAACGCGGAGCUCAUCCUUUCCCACUUCUCCCACAAACUAUCUAUCCGUAUUGCGCGCUUCCACAACAUCUUUGGACCUGGCGGUGCAUGGUUCAACGGCAGAGAGAAAGCCCCUGCAGCUUUCCUUCGAAAAGCCUUUGUCGCCAAAGCUGCUGCUGAUGCAGGAUCUCGUCCUCGUUUCGAGAUAUGGGGUGACGGGAGUCAGCGUCGGAGUUUCCUUUACAUCGACGAUUGCGUGGAGGGUAUUUUGGCGCUCCUCAGGUCGGACUACACCGAGCCCGUCAAUAUUGGGUCGGACCAGGCUGUGACGAUCAAUGCCCUGGCGCAUCUGGCACUUGACUGUGCGAAGUUAAUGCCAGAUGACGUGUCAUUUGAGUAUCAGACGGGGAGACCCCUUGGCGUUGCUGCGCGCAAUUCCAACAACGACACGGCUCUGCAGGUCCUUCAUCCUUGGAGGCCCUGUGUAUCCCAAGAGGAGGGAAUGAGGAGGACGGGAGUUUGGGUUGCGGAUCAGCUUGAUACCCUCUUGCAGCGACACGAUAAUGCCGAGAUUCUUAAUCGCCUUGGAUCAAGCACCGUCGUAAACCUGCGCACAGCUGUGACUUUUGCCAUCCUGCUCCCUAUCACUUCGCGCGGUACGAACUCAGAGUCCGAGUGCCUCGAUAAUCUGCGGUGCUUUGCUGAUUCGUUGAUGAGAACUACCUAUCGGGAUGUUUUCCUCCCGGAUGCAGAGACAACUUUUGGUAUCAAGAUCAUUCUUGCGAUCGACUACGACGACACUUUCCUUGUGAAAGAAAACAAGGCGGAAGCGAUCCUUCGGUUUCUUGGGUUCGAUGUGACGACCAUUAUAUGUCAUCAACCUCGCGGUCAUGUCUGCAGUCUCUGGCGUCACUGCGCAAGGACGGCGUACAGUGAUCCUACGAUUACUUAUUUUGUUCUGAUGGGGGAUGAUGUUGAGAUUUUGGAUGAGGGAUGGAUGGCCAAGAUCCAUUCUUCCUUCAUAUCCAUCUCGCAAGAACAUCGUACUCCAUUGGGUUUUGGAUGUGUUGCGUUCAGAGAUCUCUCAUUCCCUGGGAUGCCGACCUUCCCGGUCGUACAUCGUACCCACCUGGAUAUCUUCAACGGAGAAGUUAUUCCUGAAAUCUUCGUUAAUCAGGAUGGCGAUCCUUUUCUUUUUCAGCUGUAUCGCCGAUGGGGAUGCUCGUACAUGCUCAAGGACGUGACACUUCGAAACUCCCUUGGCGGAAGUGAGGAUGCUAGAUACGCAAAACUGCGCACACCAAGCUGGUCAUUUCAAACGCUCGACAGGGCCAUCGACGUCGCGAGACAGUGGUUACAAGUCCGGAGUCCUGGCGUCCAGUCUAAGCUGGCUGUCGAUGUCGUCGUCCCCUCUUUUCGUGUUGAUAUCCCUCUUCUCGAGCGUAUCCUCGCUUUACGACCGUCUCCGAUGGCUACAACGAUGUUCAUCAUCAUCAUCGACGAUCCUCGCUCUUCUGCAAUUGACGUGUUACAGAAGAAAUACGGGCAUCGAGUAGAUGUGCGUAUCAGGGUGAAUGAUAGCAAUCUUGGUGCCUCAGCGUCUCGAAACCGCGGGAUGGACGAGUCAUCGGCUGACUGGAUCAUAUACCUGGACGACGAUAUUGAGCCUAAUUCUGAUUUGAUUCCCCGAGCAGAGGCCCAUAUCCGUGCUCAUCCCAACGCUGCGGGUUUCGUAGGAAACGUUCACUUCCCCCCUCCAGACUCUGUCUUCACUUCAGCUGUGCAUCUCUCUGGUGUCACCUACUUCUGGAAUAUCGCUGAAAAGAUCAAGAAUGAUCUUCCGUGGGGUGUGACAGCCAAUCUGAUCUCUCGUCGAGUGAAUGACGGCGUGCAGUUUGACCUCCGCUUCCCGAAGACAGGAGGAGGAGAAGACAUUGAUUUUUGUGCCAGGAAGAAAGAGACGAAUCCUGCGGGAGAGGGCUUCUAUUCUGCUCCAGACGUUAUAGUCACACAUCCCUGGUGGUCCAAUGGUCAUCGUUCGUAUUGGCGCUUCUAUGGCUGGGGGUUCGGAGAUAGCAGCCUCGUCGGGAUGUAUCCCCAGUUUGUCUCUUGGGACUACGCUCCCAAUUCCGCUGAGCUUCUGCUUUGUGCCACCUUCAUCUCUACAUCCGGUAUGGUACUCCGACAUCUUGCUCCUGUGUGGAUGGGAUUGAAGCUGGCAGUGGUUGUGGUCUUGAUUAAUCUCUUGCACGACCUGUACAGACGUCUCUGGGCGGAACCAUUCGAUGAGGCGUCGAUGCCGGCAAAAAGGGGGGAGCGUCAUUUGGUUCAAGGGUGUGCGAGAAUUGUCGCGAUUUUGGAAAGCACGCUUAUUAGGAUGUCGAGCGAGGCUGGAAAGACUGCCGGGCUCAUCAAACAAGGGCAGUGGUAUUAUCUUGGAAAGCGAUUCGACUGGUUCACCGGACGAUGGGGGGAUGGUCCGAAGAGAAAUGAGAGGAAGAACAGUUUGCAGAGGUUCGUCCUUGUGGUUCUGAUUUACUUUGCUUGGAUCAAUAUGUAAUGUCCUAUUUUGUGUAUUACGUUCGAAAAAAAAUUGCAGCUCAUGAUG